GACAGCUAAAGCGAAAACCGUGUGUGCACGGCAAAUAUAAAUGGAAAGCACACGUCAUUAUGUUUAUAUCCGAACAGCUGAAGGUCUCGCUUGUGCAAUCUUGCACUUGCAGGUAGUAACAUUAACGUCGCUGUUAUCAUGUUGUUAAAAGAUAGUCACGUGUGAGACUGUAGAUAAAAGUCCAAGUUAUCGCAACCACAAAACUUCAUGGGGCGAGAUUUCACUGAGCCCUGCAGACAGAUCGAGUGCAGCGCGCUAAACACCGGCCGGACAUUUUCGUGUGGUGCAGUUCACCGGAUAAACAACAAAGAUGCCGUCACGAUAAACUGUGCCUUCUGCAGUCAGUGUAACGUUAAAUCACGAAGAAAAGAUGAACCUGACAUAAUAAGCUAACUAUAUUUCCAUAUAUUUCCAAGAAGGAUUAUAAAUUCCUAAAAACUUUGGUAGGUAGGCUACAACUUGUGAAGUUGUGUUACUGUUGACAGUUUCACUGGCCAGAAAGUAGGCAGGUAGGCAUAGGUCUAGGCCUAACUACACAAUGGCGUUCUUCUCUCAACUCAAGUUGUUAUGCUGGAAGAAUUACACACUACGCAAAAGACAAAAGAUUCGUCUUCUGGUUGAGAUCAUCUGGCCGAUUUUGAUGUUCAUGAUCAUCGCCUUAGUCAGGAGAGAUGAACUGCCCUCUCCCCACCAUGAAUGCCAUUUCCUAAGCAAGGCCCUGCCCUCGGGAGGCCUCCUUCCGUUCUUCCAGUCUUUCCUCUGCGACUUUGACAGCAAGUGUCGUCCGGAAGAGACGUACGGUGAAUCCAUCGGACACAUCAACAACUACGGGGAUGCAGGUUUAUCCAAACUAGUGAACGACAUUGAGACGGUCCUGACUAACAAGACCACAAUGGAGGCACUGAAGAAGUUCCUGGCCAAAGUCGACGAGUUGAACAAGCUUCUGCCCUACAUGGACGACUUCAACGGCAUAGCGGACAGCAUCCCUGGCUCGCGGUCACUCAUCAAUUACCUGAAGGAUCCGGACGAAGUAACGCGGUUUCUGACAAACGACCUGCACUUGUCGCCGGCCGUAACUCAAGCGAUAUUGAACUCCAACGUCAGUGCACAGGAGUUCCUCGCCUUGACGGAUCCGGACACCUUCCAGAGCGCGUCCUGCGACGAAGCCAAGCUCAAGCAGAUCUUCGGCGUGACCAACCUGACCACGCUGCAUGAGAUGCAGAGAGAGCUGUGCAAUCUGACCACCGCCGACUUCGCUAGCAUCGCAGGGGUCAUCUCCAAGCAGAUCGAUCUGAACAAACUGCUGCCUCUGUUUACUGGUGGUGGGAACAUUCCCGGCAGCGCCUUUAGCUUGGAUCAGUUGAAAUUGUUGAGUGACGGCCUGCUACAGGGUUCAGGGUUGCCUUUGUCGUACAGUCUGCUGACCAAUAAGACUGCGUUGAUUGUCUACCUGCAGCAGCAGAUGGGCUUGUCUGAGGCCGAUGCCAGACUCAUUGCAAACUCAGUCGACAAUCCCAAAAUGCUGAUGCUGUACCUACAGGGGCACGACAUGCACAGCACGGUCUGCAACACCACUCUCUUGAAGGACUACGUCACGACGACCGAUCCCGAGCAGCUCCAAGAACUCAGCACGACGCUCUGCAACAUGUCCGACACUGACUUGGACAAGCUGUCGCAGGAAAUACGAACACUGGUCAACUUCACCGCCUUGUGGAGUUCUUUGAACAGCACUGAUAUGAACAAGUGGUACAAGGAAACUCUCCAGGAUAUGAUCGACAUUGGCAAUGAGAUCAACGAGCUAGAUAGUUUCCAAGUCCUCCUGACCGACAUUGACUCGAUCCUGAACAGCAACGACACCAACGAGCUGGUCUGCGGCAGCGUCGGCAAAAUGAAAGACUUCAACAAUUUCAGCCUGGCGGAGAUGUCCAACUCCAACAGCUUCCAGAAGCUCUCCAGCUCACCGGGGCUGAGUCACACCUCCAGUUCAAAGCCGCCCAAGGACGUUAAGAAUGAUACGGACGGACUACGAGAGGAUUGUGCCUGGAUUCAGCAGAUCGAGUCGUCACCGUUCGGCAAGCUUGCCUGGAAGACGAUGAAACCCAUGGUCCAAGGGUACAUCCUGUACACACCGGACACCAAGGCAACGCAGCGCAUCAUGAAGGAGGCUGAGCAACCACUAGCUGCCAUGGAGAUGUUUAAGAAUCUGACAGCGAGAUGGUUAGAGUACUCACCGACGCUCCGCAAAUACGUGGAGGACACCGCAGCGUUUGACUUGGCCAAUGAGUUCAGUCAGAACCCAGAACUUGUUAAGAAACUGGAAGAUCAGUUGCAGAGAAACUCGACAACCGACCUGGUUUUGAUUCAGAAGGUUUUACUCCAGGCCCGGAGCGACAGUAGAGAUAGCGGUAACUUCACCCAGAAUCUUCUAAAUGCCAUUGAUGCGUUAGACGAGUUUGCAAACGCUACCAUGGAAAUACUCAAGUGCGUGAACCUUAAGAAGAUGAGAGGCUACAGCACAGAUGAGGAAUUCCAAGCUGCUGCCAAGGAACUGCAGGGAGAUAAUCUCUUCUGGGGAGCUGCUGUGUUUGAAGGUUUCAACACUUCGGCUGAAGAUGACACCAUUCCACCCCAUGUAGUCUACCAGCUACGCAUGGAUAGCAGUAUGGUCCGAAGCACCGACAAAUACAAGAAAUAUUUUUGGAAGCCGGGACCAAUGAGCGACGUCUACCGAUACGGCGAGUACAUCCGUGGAGGCUUCGUCUUCCUUCAAGACAUGUUUGACCAGGGCAUCAUCAAGGCGUCCCUGGGGAAGAAAGACGCCGGCGCUGGGGCCUACAUUCAGGAGUUUCCUUACCCUUGCUACAUCAGCGACACGUUUGUCCAGACCUUGGGAGCCAUCCUACCCCUCCUCAUGAUCAUCGCCUGGCUGUUCUCCGUAGCCAUGAUCAUCAAGGGUAUCGUCUUGGAGAAGGAGCUACGUCUCAAGGAGGUCAUGAAGGUGAUGGGCAUGGGCAACGGGGUGCACUGGGUGGCCUGGUUCAUCAACAGCUUCAUUGUCAUGUUCAUCAGUAGUUGUCUGCUGGUGCUGAUUCUCAAGGUCGGCCAGAUCACGAUCCAGGCCGACGCUUCGGUCCUCCUCCUGAUGCUAGUCUCCUUCAGCGUCUCCACCAUCGCCCUCUGUUUCCUCAUCAGUACCUUCUUCUCCAAGGCCAACCUCUCUGCGGCCUGCGGCGCCGUCUUAUUCUUCCUGUCCUACGUGCCCUACAGUAUGGUCUACUCCUGGGACGAGUUCAUCCCGGCCGGUGCCAAACUCGCAAUGUGCCUGUCCAACACUAUCGCCUUCGGUUACGCCAGCCAGUACGUCGCCCUCUUUGAGAUCCAGGGGACGGGGUUGACCUGGGGGACUCUUGGGAUAGUUCCAAAUUCGUCCGGCGAGCAGAUGACGCCUAAUCAGGUCAUCACCAUGAUGUGGUUGGAUGCGUUCCUUUACAUGCUGCUGACCUGGUACAUAGAGGCUGUGUUUCCAGGUGCCUACGGCAUGCCCCGCAGCUGGUACUUCCCCUUCCAACGAUCCUACUGGUGUGGUUCCCAGAUCGACACAAGCGAGGAUGCCGAUUUGCUACCCAUGACCUCCAGCAAUGGCAUUCCCACAGAGGACACGGACUUUGAACGUGAGCCGACGCACCUGAAGUUGGGCGCGUCAAUCAAGAACUUAUACAAAGUGUACCGGACCGGCAAGAAACUGGCCGUCAACAACCUCAGUAUCAACUUCUACGAGGGCCAAAUUACCUCAUUCCUCGGACACAACGGAGCUGGCAAGACAACCACAAUGUCCAUUCUGACAGGUUUGUUUCCACCCACGGCCGGCACGGCGUACAUCUACGGCAAGGACAUCUUGAAGGACAUCAACAGGAUCCGUAAGAGUCUUGGAAUGUGCCCGCAACACAACGUCCUCUUUGACUACCUGACUGUGGAAGAGCACCUGUGGUUUUACGCCAGGGUGAAGGGAGCGACUGAGGAAGAGAUUGCCGUGGAGAUGGAAGAAAUGUUGAAGCAUCUCAACUUGCCUCACAAGAGGAAGGAGAUGACUGCCAACCUCUCCGGUGGCAUGAAGCGUAAACUGUCCAUCGCCAUGGCAUUUGUGGCCGGAUCCAAGACGGUCAUCCUGGACGAGCCCACGGCCGGAGUUGACCCCUACGCCAGACGUGAGAUCUGGGACCUGCUCGGCCGAUACAAGGAAGGUCGUACCAUCAUCAUGUCCACCCAUCACAUGGAUGAAGCGGACGUCCUAGGCGACCGCAUCGCCAUCAUCUCCUCAGGCCAGCUUCGUUGCUCCGGUUCCUCCCUCUUCCUCAAGAGCCGCUUCGGCGUCGGGUACUACCUCGUCCUAAACAAGCGCCUCCCUGGUGAUGACGUCGUGAUUCCGCCACACCUCACCGACUCAACGAUGUACGAUGCGGGACUCCAGAACAGUGGCUUCAGUCCCAUGUUCGGCCCGGAUCUGGUUGCCGGGGCGAUGAUGAAUCUCCCUGGCGAUGAGAAGAAGAAGGAGCUGGAUUUGGAUCUGGUUGAACCCUCCCAGAUGAAAGUUGCUCUUGAGCCUGAUGACGACGAUUUGAGGCACAAGAAGGACAAGCCACCUGUGGAUAUACCAGACUGUGGUUCAUGUCAGGAGUCGGUCUUAACCAGCUUCAUUCAGAGCUACGUCCCCGGCGCCACGCUCUGUGAGAACCUCGGCAAGGAACUGUCCUACAUCCUGCCCUCUGGGGCCAUCCACGGUAGCGCCCUGGAGUCACUGUUCCAAGAACUAGAAAUGUACAAGGAGCGUCUGUACAUCUGUGACUUCGGCAUCUCCGAUACCUCCUUGGAAGAGGUUUUCCUGUCGGUCACUGACGACUCCGGCGUCUUCAACGAGGGCGAGACCCUGCAGUCAUCGGACGAUGGUCUCCUGCCGCGCCCGUUCAUGGGGCGUGGUAGCCUGAGAAGGAGGAGCUACCAGCUCCCGGCCAGGAGCAACAGCAUCCGUGAGCGACGGAAUCGGGCUCAAUCGACGGACGGUGUGGCAUUGAUUGAUGAGGACGAACUGGACAUCGUGCACCAAGAACUGGAGGAAGACACCCACAGCAUGCACAGCGUCAACCUGAACGCUGACAACAUCGAUGGAACCGAGAGUGCCUUCGCCGAAACAGACAACCAGGGGAGCCAGGAGGCUGGUCAGAACCCUGAACAGAACCCUGAACAGAACCCUGGUCAGAACCCAGGCCAGCAGCCAGGCCGUCAGCCCAUCCAUGCGAGGGUCAAACGGCAGCUGAGCCGACAGAUGAGCCAACGUCUCCUGCGUCAGGCGAGUCGGGAAGCCGUGCUGAACCAACAGACCAACGACGACAGUGUUAUGGGAUCAUCCUCAUUGUAUACACGUGUGCAGUCAUUAUUUCAUCCGACAUUCCAUGCAGUGCCUACUGAAGUCACCAUGUCCAGUGUUCGGAUGCCGGAUGCCGAGAGCUCCAGCAGCCGAGCCGCUGACUUGUCAGGCAGUGAGGUGCAAGGAAUCAACCUGAUACGAAGACAGUUCUAUGCUCUCAUGGUCAAACGAUUCCAUCACUUCCGACGCAGCAAGAAAGGCUUCUUUGCACAGGUGAUUUUGCCAGUUGUCUUCGUCUGCGUCGCCAUGCUCUUCACGGUCAUCAUGCCGCCACAGACGGACACAAAGAAACUCCCAAUGGUGCCCUGGCUGACCGGUACCCCAAACUACGUCUUCUACAGCAACGACAUGAUGGGGGAUGAGCUGUCCGCUGCAAUGGAGGCUAGCAUUGCUCAGGAUGACCCAGGGAUCGGGACCAGAUGUAUGGCUGACAACCCAUUUGCAAAAGACGGUUUCCCCUGCGAACCCAAAUUGACCGGUGACUGGUCGACCGAAACCAUGGACCCAGACCUCUAUGAGAAAUACCUGGACGGGGAACUGACGUGCGAGUGCAGUGGUAAGGCCUUUGAGACUUGCGACGAGGGGGCUGAAGGCCCACCCCCUCCUGAACGGUCGGUACCCACCACCGAUGUCCUCCAGAACUACACGGGCAUGAACAUCAGUUGGUACAUCAAGACCACCACCCUAGACUUCAUCUGGCAGAGGUUUGGAGGAGUGAGUUUCCUAGACACGGACGACUUGGCUCCACUUACACCCAACAUCAGCUCGGAGUUACUUGCAGACUGGGAUAGCACUAAAGUCCCUUCCGAUGUCAACCUCCCCGGCCCAGUUGACGACCUGUUACCUACAGAUAUCACCAUGGAUGACAUCUACUCGGUGAUGCUAUCGCUAGCUCGCUUUAAAAACAUGAAGGUUUGGUGGGAUAACAACGGCUACCACGCCCUACCGGCCUUCAUCAACGUCGCCAACAACAUGCUGUUCCGUGGCAACGUUGAGGAGUCCAAACGAGAUCAGUACGGCAUCUCAACCUACAACUACCCUAUCAAUCUGACCACUGACGAACUGCAAGAUAUGAUCAUGAAAGAGCUGCCCAUCAGCAUGAGCACAGCCAUCUUCGUGGUGUUUGCCCUCGCCUUCGUCCCGGCCAGCUUCGUAGUCUUCCUGAUUACGGAACGAGAGUCCAAGUCCAAGCAUCUACAGAUCAUCAGCGGCAUCAGCCCCACGACGUACUGGGUGUCUACCCUGCUCUGGGACCUGAUAAACUACCUCAUCCCAGCCAUCCUGACCAUGUUGGUGUUUAAAUGCUUCAAUCAGAAAGCAUUCGUCAGUACGGAGGCGUUACCCGCCACUGUCCUUCUGCUGUUGAUGUAUGGAUGGGCAAUCACACCGAUGUCCUACCCUGCGUCCUUCUUUUUCUCAACUCCCAGCACGGCGUAUCUGUCCAUGGCCUGCUCCAACAUGCUGAUUGGAAUCGUCACCAUCAUGACCACAUUUAUCCUGGAAUUCCUGGGAAUGGAUGAUCCUAACAUGCUGGCAACCAACGAGAGCUUGAAGCAGCUAUUUCUGAUUUUCCCGCCGUUUUGUCUGGGUGAAGGACUGAUGAAAAUGUCCAACGUCUCUCUGCAGGCCGAGGUCGAGAGUAAAUACGAGAAUUUGCUGGACAUAGUUUCGUCUCCUCCCAACCUCUUAGACUGGGACCUAGUCGGCAGGAACAUCUUUGCCUUGGGAGUCACUGGUGUGGUCUUCUUUGCCCUGACGCUGCUCAUUGAACACAAAUUCUUCUUCAAACCAAGAUUGAUCAAAUCGGAGCAUGUGCCCCUGGCUCAUGAAGAUGAUGACGUGGUGAGGGAGAGACACAGAGUGUUGUCUGGAGGAGCCGCGGACGACGUCGUCAGGGUGGAGAACCUCACCAAGGAUUUCAACACGAGUCGCGGCAUCUGUCGAGCAGUGGAUAGGAUGUGUGUUGGCAUUCCACGCGGAGAGUGUUUCGGCCUCCUGGGAGUCAACGGUGCCGGUAAGACCACCACGUUCCGCAUGCUGACCGGCGACACACAGGUCACCUCCGGCUGUGCGUACAUCAACGGGCUGAGCAUCUUACAAGACAUGAAGCGCAUCAGUCACAGCGUGGGAUACUGCCCUCAGUUUGAUGCUCUCAAUGAGCUCUUGACAGGGGAGGAACACUUGGCGUUCUACGCCAGGCUGCGAGGGGUGCCGGAACGGGAUAUCAAGAGUGUUGUGGACUGGGGCAUCAAGAAGCUUGGCCUGACAACGUACGCCAAGCGCGUUGCAGGCACAUACAGUGGGGGUAAUAAGAGGAAGCUGUCAACAGCGAUAGCUCUCAUCGGAGACCCUCAACUGAUAUUCUUGGAUGAACCGACGACCGGCAUGGACCCUAAGGCUCGACGUUUCCUCUGGAAUCGCAUCACCAGCAUCAUCAAAGAAGGACGCUCCAUCAUACUCACAUCACAUAGUAUGGAGGAAUGUGAAGCCCUGUGUACCCGUGUCGCCAUCAUGGUCAACGGACGUUUCAAAUGCAUCGGCAGCACACAGCAUCUCAAAUCCAAGUUUGGUGACGGCUACACCAUAUCCAUCCGCGUUGGUGGUGACCCGCCCCGCAUGGAGCCACUCAUGUGCUUCGUGGCGGAAAUGUUCCCGCACACUGUCCUCCGUGAACGACACUUCAACAUGCUGGAGUACCAGAUGCCUACCGCCAGCACCUCCCUGGCCAAGGUCUUUGGUGUCUUUGGGGCCAACAAGGAACGAUUUAUGAUUGAGGAUUACUCCAUCUGCCAGACAACUCUAGAUCAGGUGUUCAUCAACUUUGCCAAGGAGCAGAAGACAGGUGAUGAGGCGGUACAAGAAGCAGAACCCACAGGAGUGACGGUGGUGAACGCCCCGGACAGUAACCAGAUAGUCAUGUCUCCUGAGCUGGGUUCAGUUCAGUAUGUGCCAACAAACAGCUCAGUCGGUGGCUUUGCCUUUGCCACGGCCAACAUCUACGGUGGUGUGCUUCACCACGAUGACCCGUCAGGGUUCAACAACCCCAUGUACAACCAGAUGGCGCCCCCACCCACUGAAGCCAAGCCGGACGGGAAGGGGUUUACCAACCCCCUGUAUGAGUCCAGUCAUAACCGGGUACCGUCGCAGCAACUCAACAGCAAUAAUUCCAACGCCGCUAGGGGUGGGAGAGACGUUCUGCGACAGCCACAUCCUGUGCCUUCCGAAGACGGAAACAAGAGCGACGAAGAUGUCCUGGAUGAUUGCCUGAUUCCUAAGCAGGGGCAGACCCUAGAACAGACCCCAGGGCACAACCUAGGACACAAAGCAGGACAUGUCCCAGGACAGGCGUCCGGGCAGACCCAAGGACAAACCCCAGGGCACACCCCAGAACAGACAUCUGGGCAGCCCUCUAGCCUUGAGAUGCUUCUUCGCGCUCAGCCUGAGGAAUCCGCGCUCCCAUUCCAACCUGAUGCAGAAAACGAGUCUUGGGCGUAGUGAAAAAAGGUAUCAGAAACGUGUCAUGUUUUGUAUAAACUUUCAAGCACUACAUUUUGCAUUAAACGGUGCAUGCCAUUGUUGUAUUCGCCAUCUCAAGAUUCUGCCGAAAUAUUUACCCAGAUUUUUCUAAAACAUGCAAAAACGUAAUGCAAAAUGCUAGGCUGAUUUGUUUAAUUUGUACUAGGAAUUCUAACAGUACUAUGUGUAAGUCUUGCGAAUCUGUCGGGGCAGGGAUGAGGGUAGCCAUGUUUUGUACCUCCUGCCAGUGGAUGGAUUCUAAGGAUUGAUGUUGGCCAAGCAUUGCUGCAUCCUAAAGCAGAUGGAUUUAACUUCUUCUGCUUAAAAUGUACAGUAUAAUGGUACCUUUAUGCAGGAGCCGUCGAUCCAUGCUGAUGAUAAUCUUUUAUUUCAUUUUUUAAUUGGCCUUAUUCAAAAGUAAAAGGCCGUUUCUAUAAUUUUAAGACAAAACAGGGAUCCCUUUGUAAGGGUGAACAUCUUAUUGUGAAAAUAUUUUAUUUUUUUUCAUUUUUAAUGGAAACCAUAAUCCGAAUGCUCAAAGUACUCUUUCCUAUUUUGCGUCUUGUGAUGAUAUCAAAUUGCCUGUAUAUUUUUAUAUUAAACAAAAUCAUCAAUUAGCAAACAGUACUACACAUGUACUUUUGUUCGUAGCAUACUAAUUGUACAAUCCGGUUUCUAAUGAGUGAUGCAAUGAAUUCACGAUAUUCUAAUCAGGGUUAUCUAAUUCAAAAGUACUAGAAUUUAUUUUAACAACAAAAAAAAUUCAGUUUUUCAGUAAUGAUAUUAUAUAAUAUGAUAAGUAUAUUUUAAAGUACUUUCAUACAUACUCUCAAGAUUUAUGUAAAUAUGAGGAUAAAUUAAGGUAAUUCCAUUGACUUGAUAUUCUUGCAACUUUUUGGUGGAAAAGCAUGUCGACGACAAUUGCUAUUUUUUUGUGAUCCGUGGACAGAACUUUAAAACAGUGGUUGUGUUUAAAAUUUGUAGCUUGAAAAGUACAUGAGUGAUUUGAAUGAUUCUUGUACUAAAAGAAAGCUUAUUAUUUGGGCUUUCAUAUCCUAUAUUUUGAUAGUGCUACCCGUACAUGCAGAAUUUCAUUACAAAGUUGGUCCUGCCAGUUUGGUUUCCUUCUUUUUUUUGACUUGCCCUGUACUUUUUAUGUUCAUAAAAGUAAUAAAAGUAAGAAAGAAAAAUGCUAUCUGAUGUUUAAUUGUAUAACUGUUUUGACAGCAUUCUGCCCUUUGUGUUUCGGUGAUGCUUUAUAAUAGACCUGCACGCACUAAAACCAGGCAACUCUUUUUGAAUAUUUAAAAAGCUAAAUGGAAAAAAAAAUGAGCUUUCAGACCGUUUUUUUGUUCACUGUGUCAUCACAGAACAGAGAAACUUUAACCGUACACGUUAUUCAAUUGUCAUGUGGCCCCUUUGUGCUGGAGUUUAUCCAUGGAUUUUCUGGUGCUGUCAAAAUUUCCUUCAAUAUAUACGUGUACUGCCUGUAAUUUGGGGCAUUAAUGAGUACAUUUUUGAACUGAACGUGAUAGACUUGGUUCCUAAAACAUAGCUAAACAUGAAAUUACUAUGUUGACAUUCUGUUUAAUUAAUCCUUGGUUUUAGAAACGUUCAAAAUUCUUUUGUUUUUUUCUUUAAUGUAAUCACGUUCUGACCUAGAAAUUAGACACUCACUUGUGCAGGAUCUUUCCCCAAAAAAGGUUUCUGAAAUGUUGAAAGCAUUGUUGCUUUUAUCCAUAGAAAAUUUAAAGUACUUGCUGGGCUAUGUUUGUAUGUUGCAACCUUUUUGUAUAGUAUUAUUUUUUUGAAAUACUCAGUUAUUUUAAACGUUUUUGAAUUUGUUCAUUGCGCUGAAAUUAGACUAGAGGCUGUAGAUUGCAGUUUGCUGAACAUUGUGAGACAAAUUACGUUCAGUGUAAUGUUGCCAAUUUUUUUUUGUAUAAAUAUUAUUGAGGUGUUGAAAAGUAUCUCUGAUCAAUGCCCUGAAAUUAGAAUUGUGUACAAACAACGGAAGGAGAUUUUGUUAUGUUUAUUAAAUGAACCUUAAUAUUAUAAGCCGGCCUCAGGUCGACCUGCGAUUUGCUUGCGCCGCGACAGAGCCUUCAGCAUCAAGCAGAAAAGUCAUGCUCUGUGGGUCACAAAACUGAGAAAUUGUGUGAUUGUCCGGAAACAAGCAGUAUCUCAACAUAAAAUAAUCGCAACUUUGAUCAUGUCACCCAUGACGUGAUGACGAUUCACAGUAAAAUAAGAUGAUCCAGUAACUUCACAUAGGCUGACUGCGAUUGAUUCCCGCCUGUCGGGAACACGUCCCGUCGCGGCGCAGAAGUUGGAAUUGUCCUACUCAUGCGACUGUUGAUUUUUUUGGAGUACCGACUGAUGCCACUCGGCUUUCGCAGUUACACUCAUCAGGUCGCAAAAAAAUUGUCGACUGAUUUGUUCCCGAUGGUCGUUGCUUUGAUUCUCAAAAGCCAGUCGCUGACUUUUCUGUGUCGUUGCAAGUUUGAGGCGGCUUCAUAUUUUGCCUAACUGCCAUAACAAAAGGAUGACGUUUUUUUGAGAUUCCAUCCAAACUUUGGUAGUCCGUGGGAUUCAAAGCGCAUUUUUGGUCCAUUUCUUUGAAUAAACUUGGGCAUUUCUCAAUCUGUCUCUGACCAAACUGCCUUACAGGUGAUACCAACAUGCCAACAUAUGCUGUCGGUCAGUUUUAUUUUAGUUUUAUCAGUUUUAUUCAUGUUACCCUGAAAUUUGUCAAAUGUAUUAUUACCCAGAAUAUUGCCAUGUUUUUCUUUUAUUAAUUUGUUUUGAGCUGAAACCUUCCUCUUGUAGUUACCAUUUCUUGAAAUACAUUUUCCUGUCAACCAUUUGCACUAAAGUAAAGUACUAAAUAACGAAUGCUGUUUGUAUGACUACAGUAACUAUUUUAAAACAAAAGUUGCACUUUGUCUCUGUGUAACAUUUUUCAUUUCAUUCUCGUCAACUAAGGUUUAUCAUCAUAUUGUUAACCCUUUCUUAAAUUUUGGAAAUGUAAGCAUUCAAAGGUAUUAAAUAACUUUUCAUCUGACUUCUGGUAACAUU